AUGGAAAAUGGAUCUCACCCAUACUAUUUUUACCUAACUAUGUACAAAGAUCAACGGAAUAUCAGAUAUGUAUAUUUUACAUUAGUAUUGAUAUUAUACCUUGUUAUUCUGUGUUUAAAUAUAUCUAUUACACUGGUCAUCAUUUUGGACAAAAUGUUGCAUCAACCCAUGUACAUCUUGAUUGCCUGUCUUUCAGUGAACUCUAUUUACGGUGCCACUGGUUUGCUUCCAAAGAUGUUAACCGAUCUUCUGUUAAAUACUCAUGCAGUAUCUCGUUCUGCAUGUUUUCUACAGAUUUUAGUUGUCUACACUUAUGGGUCAUAUGAAUUUACUAUUCUAACAUUAAUGGCGUAUGAUCGCCAUGUAGCUAUUUGUGAACCCCUGAAAUAUCACAGUAUCAUGACAGCAAGGGCACUUACCAUAAUGGUAGCUGUUGCUUUGAUAUAUCCAUUGUGUGCCAUUGGUUCCAAUGUAAGCUUAGCUUUUAGGUUACCUUUAUGUGGUAAUGAAUUAAGAAAAUUGUACUGCAGUAACUGGUCUGUAGUUCAACUUUCUUGUGUUGACACUACAUUGAACAACAUAGUUGGAAUGAUCAUUACUGUAGUAACAGUUUUUCUUCCAUUGUUUUUUAUUUUGUAUUCCUAUAUUAACAUUCUUGUAAUUUGUCAAAGGAAAUCCUCUGAUUUCAAAAGAAAAGCCAUGCACACAUGUCUUCCACACAUAGUGACAUUUGUCAACUACUCAAUAGCUGUAUUUUGUGAAAUAAUUUUUAGUCGUUAUGACCUUCCAGAUGUUGUAGCUGUGAUUCUAUCUCUGGAAUUCCUUAUCAUACCACCAGUUUUAAACCCUCUUGUUUAUGGAUUCAAUUUUCUAGAAAUACACAGGAGAAUAAUUUUUUUCUUAACUCCCUUAAAAAUGUCAAUGACUCCUGAUUAA